AUGGACGAAUUUCUUCAAACGCCGGCAGACACACGCGGCGAGGCCAGAGGCCCCAAAAUGGCGUCUACUCCCUCCGCAUCCGGAGCUCCCUCUACCUCCACACUGGAUGGCAUCGGGGAAGAAAUCCGCACUAUUGCGGCCUCCACGGCUACCAAGGCUGACCUCCUGCUACUCACCACCACUAUACAGGAUGCCCUGCGGGCGGAAAAUGGACGGAAUCCGGACAGAAGUGGCAGCGCAGGGUGCCCGUGUUCAAGACCUGGAGCGCUCCCACGAGGCCCAAAAUGCCAGACUGGCUUCGACUGA